GUCCAGUUUGUUGCUGUUGCUGGAAUCAGGAUAUCCUUCCAGCUCCUCGCUGAAAUUCCAGGGAUUUUUUUUUUUGCUGGUUGUACACCCUCCUCCCCCCUGAAAGUAAUCUCCCCGCUUGUCGCUCUGUCUCCGCCGGCCUCUCUUGGACUGUUUAUCCACAAAUACUUCCAAAAGUGUGUUUCGACCACUGAAAAACGGGAUUUGACAACUGUGAUUAUUUUUUCUGCAUUUCCGCACACAUUCCGUCUUUCGGUCAUUUCCUAUGGAUCGAAGAGAACAGAUUGGACAUAGUCUACCCAUGUUGCGCUGGACUAAUGGUGUUGCCUACAUACACGGAGGACUUCGGUUCGAAAAAGUUUAGGAAUUAAUUUUUCCUAAAACACACUCCAGAUUGGUGCUGGAUAGGCCGACUCUGCGUGAGGAGGGAGUGGGUUAGUAACGGACUCGUACUUUGGAUUUACGCACAGGAACAUUUCCCUCAAACACUGUCGGUCGACACCAUGUGUCUCUGAUUUAUUCUCCGAUCUCAACUGUGGAUUUAACCGGUGUCUGAUUUGUGUUGACUGGACUGUCUCAACUGAAAAACUGCCGCAAAGCUGAUACUCGCACAUCAUCAUGCAUCGCUUCUUGGAGAAAAUCUGCUGCAAAACUGAGGGAAGUCGAGAGGCAGCAUGACUUGCGCUCUGGAUUUCUUUGAAUCUACAUUCCAUUAUCCUAUAAUAUCUUAAUGCUGUUCAAUUUUGGUUUACAAAUAUGAUGAAAUGGCAGCCCCGGAAGAAGGCAUACUUCCGGCAGGGUGUUGCCCUUCAGUACCUUGGUCGCCAUGCCGACGCACUGGCCGCCUUCGCCUCCGGGCUGGCCCAAGACCCCAAGAGCCUGCAGCUGCUGGUGGGCAUGAUAGAAGCCGCCAUGAAGUCGCCGUUACGAGAGUCUCUGGAGCCCACCUAUCAGCAGCUGCAAAAGAUGAAGCUGGACAAAAGUCCCUUUGUGGUGGUGUCUGUGAUUGGCCAGGAGCUGCUGACAGCGAGCCACCACACAGCCUCUGUUGUGGUGCUGGAAGCCGCUUUGAAGAUCGGCACAUGCAGCCUCAAGCUCCGCGGCUCCGUCUUCUCCGCCCUCAGCAGCGCCCACUGGUCCCUGGGCAACACAGAGAAGAGCACUGGCUACAUGCAGCAGGACCUGGAGGUGGCCAAGACCUUAGGUGACCAAACAGGGGAAUGCCGCGCUCAUGGCAAUCUGGGCUCGGCAUUCUUCUCCAAGGGAAACUACCGCGAAGCGCUGACCAACCAUCGCAACCAGCUGGUUCUGGCCAUGAAGCUGAAGGACAGAGAGGUGUGGGAUUGUGCUAUGCCCAGCAUUUCUCUGUUCUGUAUGUUUAGAGGGUAUCUGAAGGAGGAGUCUGAAGGACACAGAGAUGCUGCUGCUCUUUGUCUAUUUAAAAACACGGGUGUCAAGUUGGUCCCGAGAACAGAUGAAGGUGAUGGGGGGAGGAGAGAGGACCAGGAUAAUAAUCUGAAAAAAAAGAAAACAGAAAAGAAGGCUGAGCUGGAGAAAGGCUCAAAGAGUGAGUGCUCCGUCAUCCACGACUGGGACUGGAAGCUGCAUGCAGUCCAAACCAGUGAGGUCAUAGGCUAG